UGAUGACACUGAUAAGGGCGAGGAUGACACUGAUAAGAGCGACGACUAAGGACAAGCAUCACACGGAAAUUCGUCAGGGAUUGCAUCAUGGAGUAUUAUUAUAUUUAGGAGAAAGCGCUAAACCCAUAAGGAUCACUCAGCAUCUUGGGAAAUGAUUUUAAAUCAAUUAUCAAUGAUGUCACGAAUAAGAAAAAGGCCGAUUGUGAAUACAGAAGAAAUGAGUGAAGACUUGUUUGAUAGUCCAAGAAAGGUGAAAAAAUCUCAAAAUAAAGUGAGCAAAAAAGAGAAUGAUACACUAAAUGAUGAUUCUCUUUUUGGUGAGCUGGUGUCCAAAGCAGGAUACAUACUGAAGAAAGGAGACAUCCCUAAUCUGUUGAAUUGCGAUCAGGCAAUUUUUCAGCGUGAUCUUCGAUGGAGUUUAAAGUCUCAUCCACUUUAUCGAAUGCCAGAAAUAGCUGAAAAGUUUGUAAAGGGAUUAGAGGAUCACAUUGAAGACCCAGUAAGGCUGAAAUGGGCACUGCUAUAUACUCAGACAGAAAAAGAUUGUGUAACUGCACGUGGAGGACAACAGGACUCCCUUAUUCGUUUAUGUCUCAACAUAGAAGAGCUCCAACCAUGCCUUAUUACACUGUUAACAGAAAAGCUUCUGGAGGUUGCCAACGAUGAUGAAAGCAGCAGUCAAGCAAACAUUCCAAACCUAGUAUUGGCCAACCUCAAAUGGUUAGACUGCAUUGUGGACUCUGACAUACUAACUGCAAAGAUUGUGGAUAUUAUUCAGGGAUCACCACUCAAGAUCCAGCAAGAAAUCAUCAGUUUUGUGCCCAGCAUAGUAGAGGAUGCCAACCACCCCAAGGUAGCUGAGGUGUUAUGUGAGCUGUAUGACACAGUGCCAGAACUGACCACAGCAGUUCUUGACACCCUGGGACACCUGACCCUGCCACCAGAUAGCCUUGAGGAUGUCCGUCAUUCAGUUCUUAAGACACUGCAGGCCACCAGACCUGAACAACUGCCAAUAGUUGUAAAGUUCUUGCUUAACAACACCCCUCAGUCUAUGGCAUAUCAGGUUUUGAGUGACAUGAGAGAAAAGAUCCAUUUGCCAGGUGAUCACAGAGGAAGCAAGACAUCUCCAAGGAAGUCUCAGAGUAAACUGAAUACGAGCAUUACUGCAACAAAUAAUAACUCUAGCAAUGAAGACAUAGCAUAUGAAGUGCUUCUCAUGAAUAACAUAAAGAUGGCUACUCUCACUCAUAAGUUUCUCUCCAUUGCUUGGUUAAAGGCAAUACAUGAUGUAGAUGAUGUUGCCAGUACUCGGCCUUUCGAUGUUUUGAUUCUGCUGAAACUGUACGAUUCUGUGCCCUCCCAACGUCGUCACAUUGAGAGUAUAUUUCGUAAUAAGAUACGAACUGGAUUGUUCCCCAAUACGUUGCUUGAAAAAACCUUUACAAGCCAUAGCAGUGUAUGUACUAAAAAAAAAUUUUUAACCUUGAAGAAAAACCCGCUUUUGCGGGGGGCCCCAAAAUUUUUUGUUUUGCCAGGAGGAGCCACUUUGUUUAGGUUAAGUUUCGUGCAUCUAGAUGGCUAUCAGAGGCAAGAGAUAGUUUUAUCUCUCUUGAGGCACCUUGGAGACAACCCUGCAGUGAGAUUAACUGCAUUGUCUCUCUUGUCUUCCCUAGCUCGUGAGCAUACUGCUGCCAUGUCAAAGUUCACCAUUUUUCUCAAGGGAUCCUUAGACAUGGUAGAUGAAUUGGGAAUGGGGGAAGUGAAGAAGCUUCUUGAUGUGGUAAGCCUUUUAGCAUACUCUGAGUCCUCUCACGCUGCGCUUCAAGAUGAGCUUGUCAUCCUGGUGCGCAAACAGCUCUCUCACUCUGACUUGAAGUACAAGCUCAUUGGUGUGCUGAAUGCUGCACUUGUUGUGAAAAACAUGGUGGGACAGGAUGAUAGCCAGGAUAGCUUGAUCACAUCAAGUGGCAAGGCAUCGUCAUCUGCACUCAAUUCUUCUCUGCUGAAGGAGGCAGAAAACCUCCUCCAUCUGGUGCUCUCCUCCACAGCUAAGUCACCAACUGCUUCUGCAUUAUUUAUGGAUGAAAUGGCAUCUAUCAUCCUUAAGGAAGGAAUGAACUCCAAGCUAGAGGAAUGGGUGUGCGAGAAGAUGACUGAUGACUUUCAAGUAACCUUUGUAUUAGACUAUGCAGCACUCUCAUGUCUAUUUUACACCAUAAAUUGGUUUCUUGAACUUAUUAAUGCCUUUGUUACACAAAAGGAUAGUGAGCUUAAGCAAAAGGUAUUUUCACGUGUACAGCAAGUAAUUCAGCUUCAGAAUAUGUUAUCACAGCUCUUGCCUAAGUGUGGCAGCUACUCUCCACCUCUGGCAGUGUUUGAUCUAGACACAUCUACAACUUUACCUACAUUCACAAUACCUAUUGCAAAGAAAGGAAAGAGGGGACGGAAGCCAGCACCUAAGAAAGGGAAGAAAAAUAAAGGCAAGGAGAGCACAACAGAAGCAACACAAAUGGGCACCCCAGCACCUUCACAGCCUGCCACACUACCCACCACUCAGCCUGCACUCCUGACACUACCUGGGGAAAAGGACUCUGAAACUCCAGAGGUAUCAUCAUCGGUAAACAUGAAUUGUCUUCGGCCAUUCUUCAGAGAGCUUCACCUUGAUGUGUUUUGUCUUCUGUUCAGAAAGUUGGCUCUGGACACUGAGUUGCAGGUUAAAGCUCAGUUAACAUUAUCAGAAGCUGAAUUUCUGCUGACUGAUCUAAACUUCAAACUUAUGCAUGUGUUUGGAUCCACGAACAAACGAGCAUCAGUGCUUGGCAGUAAUCCAGAAAAAAGUAUCGGCUACUCCCACCUCGACCUCUUUACACCGGCUGAGGUUGCUCAACGAGCUCUUAGGUUUCUCAAGCCAGUCUGUGUUCACCUUGAAACAAUUAGUGGUUUCUUUCAGAGUAUGAUUGCUGAUAAUGAUGGAGUGAUGGAUGCCCCGGGAAUGUUCACUGAAAAAAUGCAGCCAUUGAUAAAAGUCAACACUCUGCUCUUCACAACAGUGUCGGUUUUUCUUUCUUGGCCAGGUCUCCAUCAAGAAGAAAAUGAAGCAACUUUAAUAGCUGUUCUGCGUAUUAUUGCCAAAAAGUUGGAGGGUGAAGUUGUGAGUGGAAUGGGACAAGAAGAAUUGAUAUCAAUAGUUUUCCGAUACAUCUCAAACUUCCAUUCAUCUGUUGUCAGCAUUGAGACUGCAUCGCUCCUUGUGCAGACGCUGGUUGCAGUCACCCUUCUCCCACAACAUGAAGAUUUUAGUGACAAACUUGUGGAAGUUGUUGAAGAUCUACUGAAGAGAGAAUGGUAUGCAACUGGUGGGGAAAGGGAGAAGGGAGCAGUGUUCAACCAACAAGUACAUAUUCUACUUCAGGAAUACUUGAAACAGAGCAAAAAUCCUCUGUUAUUGAUAGAAAAUAUUUGCAGUGGACCACUAGAGGAAUUUAUGAGGGCUACUGGUCGUGAUCCUCACUCGGACAGCUUCCCAACACUCAACAAGGGCACCCUGGGAAUAUAUUAUCGCAAUUUGCUGUCGUUCUUAGGGAGUGGAAUUAAAAAGUCUCUCACAGCUUUAGGCUCAUCAAGUAAUAAUAUGCAGAAGUUACUGGUGUGGAACACUGCUAUCAAGAUAUUUCAUACAUUGGUUAUGGUGCUCAAGACACACAACUCCCGCCAGUUGUUGAUUGCUUGCUUGAAGCAUGCACGGUCUUUUUUGGAGCUCUUUCUGCGCAGUGCUAUGCCCCUGAUGGACACCUGCCUACGCCAUCACAAUCAGGAAGUGGUUACCCUCUUGAAGAGUCUCCAGGUCUCAACAAGGCAUUUGCAGCACGUGUGUACACAUUCCAAGGUCAUUCAGGAUACAAGUUUAACUCGUUAUGUCCCACUGGUCAAGAAGUUGCUAGAAAUGUUGGUGUAUCGGGUCAAGGCUAUGCUGGCUCUCAACAAGUGUUGCAAUGCUUUCUGGAUGGGUAACUUGAAGAACAGAGACUUGAAAGGAGAAGAAAUACUUACUCAGUCUGCUAGAGCAGAGGCUGAAGCCAAUGAAGAGGAGGAAGAUGAAGAGGAGGAGGAUGUUCCUGAUGAUCAGUCUGAUGUUGACCUUGAAGAUGACGACGAGAAGAGCAGGACGUCGGGCAAAGGAGAAGAGGAGCAAGUAUCUGACUACAGUGCCAGCUUUUAAGGUUACAUGCACACAUCAGAAAUUCUCAAAUUAAUUUGUUGCAAUUAAAAACAGGAAAUUUAUUUAUAAACAAUUUUAGUAGCAAGUAUGCAUUAAUAACCUCUUCAAUAUCUUCAGGCAGUUAUAUUCAGAGGAUGUUUUCUCACUCUGGGUGUAUUGAAGAUAAUUUAAAGCAUGAAAAAUUGUGGGCUUGAAUUUCCAGCUAGUAUAAAUUCAUAAGCAGUUAAUAAUCACUUUAGAGUUGAUCAAGUAGCUAUCCACCAUCCUUGUCUUAUGCUUUAGGACUGUUCACCACUUUGUAAAGUGUCAUUAGAAUUUAAGCCGUACCUACCAUUCAUUACCAAUUGGUAGGAUCUAUAACUGACAGUGUAGAUGAACCAAGCAAGAAUGUUACCUGUAUAAUUAAGUUGGGAGACUGGACAUCAGAAAGUGGCAAAUUUAAGAGCACAUAAAAUCCACUCAAGUACAGUACUGCAGGAUAAAACAAUUAAUAGGACUUGAAGGCCAAUUGGUAAGUAUAUAAGGGAUCUCUCAUUAUUAUCCUGAAGAAAAUCUUUCCAUUCUGAGAACAAUUGCUGUAUAGUCCUUGUGGCUUAGCGCUUCUUUUUGAUUAUAAUAAUAAUAAUCUGAGAACAACUAGGCUUCUGGACUCUUCACUUGAACUGUGGGGAAUAGUGCUCUCAUGACUGCUUUUAUGCCAGCCUUGCCUAUAGUAGCUUCACUGAAGCAAGUCCUGCAUCAUUACAAGAAGAACUCUUGCAAACCUGUCACAUGGUACCAAAUUGCUGACAGUUCAAUAUUGUUUGGUAGACUAUGCUAUCAUAAUACAUCAACUGUUUACAACAUCCCAUUAUAAUUAUUAUUAUCAAAAAGAAGCGCUAAGCCACAAGGGUACAACAUCCCAAUAACGUUUACUUUUCCCCAUACACUAAGUUCCACCUUUACAGAGUAUGUGAUUUUGCACAUGACUAACCUGCACUGAUAAAAAUACCUCUUUCCAUUUUUAGCACUGUGUAGCAGUCAAUGCUGAUCCUUUCCAGUUAAGUACUUCCCAACAACAUGCUGCUCUUACAUGGUUCAUCAAACCUGACCCCACAAAUGGCUACACUAUAGUACUGUACAUAGUAUUUUUCACUAAAAUGUAAAACUAUUUUAAUAGUACCGAGUUAUUCAAUUAAGUACAAUCUGCCUAAAUUGUGGUACAGUAUAAUAGAUUCAUUUCUGUUUGUUUCAGGAUUUAUCAAAGUUUAUUAUUAUAAUGAAAGUGCAUUAGAAAAGUUAAUUGUUAGCACUGCCAUUAAAACUAACAUUUUUAGUUGUAAAAUGCAUAUUCAUAAUUGGUAAUAUCACUGUAUAUACACAACGUAUACUUACACUUGCACUUUUGUUUAUUAAACACAGAAUUGUACAUGGUAUAUUCAUAUUUUUAAUUAAACUAUUUGAAAAAAAAAAAAAAAGUGAUUCAUAAUUUGCAAAUCCUUUUUAAUAAUUUUAGUUAAUCAACCAAAUAUUCUUGAGCUUG